AGUUCGUGUCUUCCAUGCUCAUGUGGUCAGGUCUGCGGGGUGCGAUCCCAUACGCCCUCAGUCUUCAUCUGGGUCUGGAGCCCAUAGAGAAGCGUCAGCUGAUCGGCACCACCACCAUAGUCAUUGUACUCUUCACCAUCCUGCUGAUGGGGGGCGGGACCAUGCCCCUCAUCCGCAUCAUGGACAUUGAGGAGAGCCAGUCACGACGCAAGAACAAAAAAGAUAUUAACCUGAGUAAAACUCAGAAAAUGGGUAACGCCAUUGAAUCUGAGCAUUUGUCUGAGCUGACAGAGGAAGAGUAUGAAGCUCAGAUUUAUCAGAGACAGGAUUUGAAGGGUUUCUUGUGGCUUGACGCCAAGUAUCUGAACCCUUUCUUCACCCGUAGACUCACACAAGAGGAUCUUCUGCAUGGGCGGAUCCAGAUGAAGACGCUCACUAAUAAAUGGUACGAGGAGGUCCGUCAGGGUCCGUCUGGCUCUGAGGAUGAGGACGAUGAGACAGAACUGCUCUGAGACAAUCAUAAGGGGCAAACAGAGAUGCGGCUGAGUCAGAGCUCAAAUGAGCCGUUCUCACACCAUGUGACAAUUGGACUGUACUGCACUGUGAAGGACUCCUUUGGUAUCACAGAGAACUCCAUGACUGGAGCGAUUCAUGGCUAAAUGAGGAAAAGGACAGGAGUAUGUGGUAAAGAAUGCCUGGGAUUGUUUUGUGUAGAGGCACUAAAUGCGAAAAACACUGAAAGAAUAAAUAUGGAAGGCUAAACAAAAUUUGAGGGGAAAAGCAAAAAAAAUAAAAAUAAAAAACUGCAAUAUUGGACACCUUUACAUUAUUAUUUUUUUAAUAUAUAAUUUGAAACACCAUAAUAUAAUGUGAUUGUUGCGAUACCUUUUUUGGUGUUGUUUCACAUACAGGGAAAUUACAUCAAUGAAUGUUUCUGUGAUUGGAAAUAACUUAACAAAUGUAACCUAUUUUUCUUUUUUAUUAAAUAUUUAUUUGUUGUGUUGUCUUUAUAAAUGGGAGUAAAAGGGUCUUUUAUAAUGUUUCUUGACACUGUAUUUUGUAGCUAACUUGAGUUUAUAACUAAUUCUAAUGAAGGAAUGUACCUGUGCUUAAUAAACAAACUCUAUGCACAAAUCUGCAGUGGGAAAGUGGUGUAAAAACAAAUGUGAAUAAAUGAUAGAUUAUAAUAA